AUGGAUGAUAUUUUUUCAAGAAUCCAUUUCUCCCUCCAUGAUUUUCCACUGAUAUUAUCAGGAAAGUGGGAAAUUUUCUUGGGAAAAAACAGAGGAAAAUCCAUUAUUUUAGAGAAAAGCUCUGCAAGGGAUGAUAUUAAAAAAGUUGGAUUUGCAGAAAUCAACUCGAUGUUGAAUAGAGUUGGAAUAGUAGGAUUGGAUGAUUAUGAAAAUAAAAGUAAUCUAGGUGAAGAAGAUUUUGUGGGAUUGUUUAAGGAGGAAGAGCCUAGUUUCGAGGAGAUUAAGGAAACAUUCAUUGUGUUUGAUGUAGAUGAGGAUGGUUUUGUCGGCGCUGAAGAUUUGCAGAGAGUUUUUCUUAGCUUAGGUUUGAAGGAAGGUUGCAGUUUGGAUGAAUGCAAGUAUAUGAUCAAACGUUUCGAUGUUAAUGGUGAUGGUUUGAUUGAUUUUCAAGAAUUUGUGUCUUUAAUGUAUAAAUGCCUAGCAUAG